UGUAAAGUGCGAGGUCAAGCUGUGAUAGCAAAAAGUUGAGAUUAAAGUACAAUAUUGUUUACAAACUGCGAAAAUGAAUGGUGUACGAGUUACAACACAGUUUAUGUGCAUACUUGCUAAUCAGCGAUCAAGCGCAAUAAGAAGUCUUAUGGCUUGCCCAGUACGACAUUAUAAGAAAAUUUAUACUAAAACAGGAGACAAAGGCACCAGCAUGACGUUCACUGGUGUCAGAAAACCAAAAGAUGAUGCGUUGUUUCAUGCCCUUGGAUCAACAGAUGAAUUGUCCUCAUCUAUUGGCUUGGCUGCUGAGUAUUGUCGAGAGGCUGGUCAUACCAUCGAUGAGAAGCUGGAAAUGAUUCAGUGUAUUUUACAAGAUGUGGGAUCAAAUAUUGCCACUCCACUCAGUUCUGCUAAGGAAGCUCAUCUCAAGCAAGUCCAGUUCAACCAUAAAGUCACUCUAGAGCUAGAGAAAUGGAUUGAUGAAAUCUCUGCAGAGUUGCCUCCGCUGACAAAUUUUAUUUUACCAUCUGGAGGUAAAGCAGCUUGCAGUCUUCAUGUAGCUAGGUCUGUUUGCAGACGUACAGAAAGAUGGAUCACACCACUUAUAAGAGAAAAAGAAAUUGAUGAAGAAACUCUCAAAUUUGUCAAUAGGUUGAGCGACUUCCUAUUUGUCGCUGCCAGAUUAUGUGCAAUGAAAGAAGGAAAAGAAGAGAAGUUUUAUUACAAACUGACAGACAGAAACCCCGAUCUGGCUGAUAACAUGGCUUCAUAUAUCAACAUAGUCACAAAGCGUUGAACCACGUCUGCAAUGAUUUGUUUUGGACAAGGGGGUAAAGUCAUAAAACCCAAACAUUGAUUUGAAGACCAUGCUGCUGAGACAAUGUUGGGCGAAGAAAUUCUUCACGAAUGCAUUUGGCGAUGAUCUAGAUAUUUUGUAGAUAUUUAUUUGAAAAAAAAAUGAGUCAAAACAUUUUCUUCGUUUUUGAUUAUCCAUUUACAAUAAGUCAUUUGUAUAUUCAUUUAUUAUGUUAAAUUUAGCUUUCACUGUUGAUGCAUCCUGUUGAGCUUGAAGCUGUACCCACUUAAAAACUGUAUUAAAGCAUAGUAUUUUUAAACAUUUUUUUUUUCAUCUGUAGUUGUUUUUUUUUCUACAAGUGUAAACUAUUUGUGAUCCUGAAAAAAAUAGUACAAAUCCUGUUAGUUCUUGAAAGACAUUUCAAUUCAAUUGAAGGGUUAUAUUGCAUGAAAAGUGUUCAGAUGUUAAAGACAAAAUGUUUAUUGGUAAACUGAUUUCACAAACAGCUGAUGCUCUACUCAAUAACUUUUACUAACUCAGUGCGCGUGGCUCAAGUCUGUUAUGUGUCUAGUAGAAUAACAAUAAGAUAACAUUUUGUUAUUUCCCAGCUUUUUUUUUUUUUUAUAACAACUGACAUUUAUUUAAUAAUCAUUUUCUCUUUUUGUUUGGGUUUUUUUUUUCUCUUGUUUUUCCUACAGAAAUGUAUUAAUUUUAUUUAUAAUCAUUUUCUUGGUUUUUUUUUUGUUUUUGUUUUCCUACUUAAAACAUUCAAUGUAGAAAAUAUUUUUUAUAAUCUUUUGUAUUUGGCCUUGAUCUAUUACUCUGGAACUUUGGAGAACAAGCACAUUUUGAGUGUCUUUAUGCAUUUUAUGUCUUAGUAUUUUAGUUAUGUGUCUUUAAAGAUUUGUAGUAUGUCUGUGGUAUAUUUAUGUGUCUGAAGUUUUAGAAUAUGUCUGUGGUAUAGUUGUAUGUGGACAAAGUGUUAAGAAGUUAAACUUUAUUCUUGCAUGAUUUUAAUUUUUUUGUUUUCAUUUCUUAUUUAUCUUUAAUAUCUUAUAACCUUCAAUUGUAAAAGUCAUUUCUAAACAAUUGUAUACUGGAAUACAAUUAGAAACAGUUUAAGUUAAGAAAAGUGUGGGCCGAACCUUCAAAGUGGAUAAUUACAGUAUUGCUUCUUUAAAAAAAAAUUGAAAAAGAUAAUGUUGUUGAUAGAAUUACUUUGGUUUCAAUCGUAUAGUUUAUAAUUUGGAUUAGAAUGUGAAGCAAAUAUUACUAUGUUGUCGGAAGAAAUAGGAAAAGAUGGACUACACUAUUAGGGUUAUUAUUUCCAUGAAGUCCCAUCACAUGUUGUUAAAUAUUUUUCACAUUUCAAAGAGUGUGUGCAGUAUUGUUGAAUAUUUAUGUCAGUGAUAUUUAGAAAUCAAAUCACAUUGUGAAUAGUUCACAUCACAACUUUCUUCAUUUACAGUUCAUGACUGAAUCAUUACACUUUAGUUUAUAUCUUUGUAUUACUCUUGCUCUCUCUAUAUAUACAUGUAUAUCUCAGAUUGUAUUAUAUUCUACUUAUAUUUACUCCACAAUAAGUUUUAAGAUUGAUUUUUUUUUAUAUGAAUAAAUGCAACAUCAUUCCAUU